AUGUCCACCAAAAUUUACAUCGCUCUUAACAUCUUCGAACUUGGCACCUUAAAGGGGAAAUACCACUGGGCAAUUGCGCUCCCUCGACCUGAGUUCAACUACAGGCCAGAUAAACCCCUGGAUCUCUAUCAAUCCGUUUUCGAUGACAAGACAGAUUCGUGGGUAGCAGAUCAUAGGGUAGGGCCUAAUGCCUUAUCGACCCUUGACAUUCUCGAAUUCAUGUUUCUUAUUCAACUCCCAUCCGUUAAUACCUCUUUCGACGAGGUCUCCAAGUUCAUUCAGUUGGAGGAGCCAACUCAAGGAUCAACUCCUCUACCUAGAGAACGAGACGAUUGGUCUUGCGCCCAAGGCUCGGUAGACGACACGGAUGCUUAUUAUGAUUACAUUUGCCGAAUGAAGGGUCUUACUCGUGAAGUGGCUAUGAGUGCUGGAUCCAACAAUCCUCAAUUUGUUGGUCAAGUAGUGAACAAGGUGCGGAUCAUAGACAGACAAUAA